GGAAGAGACCGAUUUGGAAAGCUAGAGAGGAGGAGGAGGGGGAGAGGCAGAGGGAAACCCAGCCCACCCUUUGGCUUCCUCCUGCCUCCUUCUAAAACUUGCAGAUUCCUCCAGCCUGUCCAAGCGCCCGAAGUUCCCUCAGCCGUGCUGCCGGGACUGCGAGGUCUGCUGAAAGAUGAGGGCCUGGAUUUUUUUCCUUCUCUGCCUGGCAGGCAAAGCCCUGGCAGCUCCGCAGGAGGCUCUGCCCGAUGAGACAGAGGUCAUCGAAGAUCCCACCACAGAGGAGCCUGUGGGGGCUAAUCCUGUCCAGGUGGAGGUGGGAGAGUUCGAGGAACCCACGGAGGAUGUAGAGGAGAUUGUUGCAGAGAACCCCUGCCAGAACCACCACUGCAAGCACGGCAAGGUGUGCGAGGUGGAUGACAACAACUCGCCCAUGUGUGUGUGCCAGGACCCCUCCAGCUGCCCCGCCAGCGCUGGCGUCUUCGAGAAGGUCUGUGGCACUGACAACAAGACCUACGACUCCUCCUGCCAUUUCUUUGCCACCAAGUGCACCUUGGAGGGAACCAAGAAGGGACACAAGCUGCAUCUGGACUACAUUGGACCUUGCAAAUUCAUCCCUGCCUGCCUGGACACAGAGCUGACCGAGUUCCCCCUGCGCAUGCGGGACUGGCUCAAGAACGUGCUGAUCACGCUGUACGAGCGCGACGAGGACAACAACCUGCUGACCGAGAAGCAGAAGCUCAAGGUGAAGAAGAUCCACGAGAACGAGAAGCGCCUGGAGGCUGGUGACCACACCGUGGAGCUCCUGGCCCGGGACUUUGAGAAGAACUACAACAUGUACAUCUUCCCUGUGCACUGGCAGUUCGGGCAGCUGGACCAGCACCCCAUUGAUGGGUACCUGUCCCACACGGAGCUGGCCCCGCUGCGUGCCCCCCUGAUCCCCAUGGAGCACUGCACCACUCGCUUCUUCGAGGCCUGUGACCUGGACAACGACAAGUACAUCGCCCUGGAGGAGUGGGCCAGCUGCUUUGGCAUCAAGGAGCAGGACAUAGACAAGGAUCUUGUGAUCUAAACGCUCACCUUCCUGCACUGCUGCCAACUUUGUCAUGAUUUAACCUUCCCACGUCCUUUGGUUUUUAAACUGCUUUUGUUUUGUUUUUCCCUGGGAACAAGGUGCUAAUAUAGGUCUAAACAUAUGUAGUAACGGUGCUAAAAGAAAUUACAGUCCUCAUUCAUAGCCUUAUCUAUCACCACUAGAUUACUCACCCAGCUGUUUCCACAUGCUCUUACCAGCCUUUUCUCUCUCCUACGUCUUUACUGCUGAUUGUUCCUGUGCUAAAUAUGCUCUGCCUCACCAUCCGCUCUCAGAUCGACUUCUCUUCUCGCUAACAGCACGUUCCUGGACACUCAGACACACAACCCUCUCAGCUGAUUCACCACCCCAGGUGCAGAUGCCAGCGAGGGAAGGCAGAGCCAGAGGAUGCAGGAGGAUUGGGUUCUCAAGCAGAGCAGCUGCAGGUGACAUUGUGGCCACCCAGCUCGUGGUAGGAAGGAUGGAGAGGGGUGAGAAAGACAGAGAGUGGUAGGAUUUUGUUUUCCUUUUUUUUUUUCCCUCCCAUUCCCAGGGUUUAGCAGUUAUUGGGCACAGAAAAAAAUAAAAAAGAUAAACUGAACAAGCAAAUAGGGAAGCGCACAGAAUUUAAAACAAAUAAGAUGAAAUUAUUCCCACCCUGUAAAAUCCUCUUGAAUAAUAAAGGUUUGAAAGUGCUACAUGCUUCACCAUCA